GGAAGACACCGCUGAACCCGCCCCGAUAAGGCAGCUUCCCCCACUGUCCCGCCAAAGCAACUGCUUCUCUCCUGCUUCGUUUGGGCUCGCCGGGAAGUUUCUAGGCCUCGCGGAGCACGACAGUUCUAUUUUGCACCUAUUCCUGAUUGUAUUUUUCUUUGCCCGUUCGAAAUCUACUUCUCUCCCUCGUCACUGGGACCUUUUGAGGAGAUCCCCCACUCCAGCCGACCUGAGGUCGAAACGCAGCUACAUACUUUCGACAGAACCUAUUGUGAGGUCUCUCGCCAGACCCCGACGUCACUCGGCCAAUAUGGGAGAGCUCGCCGACUUUCUGGUCGAACGCGACCAGAAUUUUCGCAAAGCCCGUUUGCCAGCCCUCUACUCCGACUUCCGCCCCCAACGAAGCCUCAACCCAGACGGCUUCCAAGCCAACGUCAGCGCCUGGCGCCAGGCCCUCGCCCGCGCAGCAUGGGAAGGCCGCAUCGCCUCGCAGCUCUCGGCGCCGAACCUGUUAGUGGUCAACGUCGACGAGCAGCUCGUGCGGUCCCUCGAGAGCAAGCAAUUCGGCCGACCCCUCGCGCUCGGCACCGUUGUCAGGGAGGCUGUCGCCGACAAGGACCUGUACCCGCUCGACGAGUUCACAAAGGCCAAGGAGAGCAUCUAUGCGGGCAAGACAUGGGCGCAGGUGCCGUGGAGCGUGGUCUCGUGGGCGGCGGGACAGUUGUUUGGAGGCAAGUCGACUUCGGGCGAGGACAAGGUUCCGCAGGGGCGGUUUGUGGUGUUGAGGAAUGUCGAGGCCACGGCGAAGAGUCUUGCGGAGAAGGUAACCUCUGCGGAUUCGAGGUUCGACAGGACGUAUACGAAGACACAUUUCCAAAAGACGUUUGCGGAUACGCUGGUGCAGGAUCGGAGGUUAUCAGAGACGGACGUCAAUAUCCUGCUAGUCUUCCUCUCGCGGGACAAGGGGAUCGUGGUCUACGACGGGAAGGUGGUUAAGAUCAAAGGGUCGAGCACGGACGAAGACGAGACGACGAUCACAGAGGAAGACGCGGCCGUCUCGUCGCUCAAGGAACUGAUUGCCGACAUGAAGCAGCAGACGGCCCUCCUCACGUCCCGCGUGGACGAACUCGCGGUGACAGCCAAAGAAGCCGUGGUGAAGAAGAACAAGGUGGCCGCGCUGGCGGCGCUCAAGUCGAAAAAAAUGACCGAGGCGUCGCUCGAGAAGCGCUUCGCGACGCUGAACCAGCUCGAGGACGUGGCGGCGAGGAUACAGGAGGCGCGGGACAAUGUCCAGCUCGUCAGCGUCAUGGAGGCGAGCGCGGGCGCGCUCAAGGGGCUCAACGAGAAGGUCGGCGGCGCGGACCGGGUUGGGGACGUGGUGGACCGGUUGCGGGAGCAGAUGGGCGAGGUGGACGAGGUGGGCAAGAUUAUCUCCGAGGCUGGUGCCGCGCCUGUGGUGGAUGAGUUUGAGGUGGAUGAGGAGCUCGAGGCUAUGGAGCGCGAGGAGAGGGAGAAGGUUGAGGCGGCGGAAAGGAAGGAGAGGGAGGCGAGGGAGGAGAGAGAGGCUGAGGAGACGAGGAGGAGGCUUGAGGCCGAGAUGGCGGAUUUGAAGACGCCUGUUGCGGAGCCUUUCGAGAGGCAGGACGCCAAGUCGCCGACGGGGGAGACGGCGGAGAGUUUGGAGAGGAUGGGGCUUGAGGAGAGGGAGAGAGAGCGAGAGAAGCCGAUGCCUGCUCAGUGAGAAGGGAGGAUAUCACAUCACAUUGGCGUUUCAUCACGCAUUUGUAUUAAUGAACCAUUAGGGGUUAGAUCAUGGCGUUUCUUUGCUGGUUUUUGUAUUGAAGCAAAGUCUGUAUAUCUUACAGUCGGCAGGGUAUAGUAACGAAGAAAGCGCUA